AUGUCGACUAUUGUACUCCUGUCGGCCGUAUUACUGGCACUUAACAUUUUCGUUCCCAUUCAUUCAAAAGUAACGAAUCGUACGUAUUUGAUCAAGAAAGAUUUUCUCAGUGACCUUAAAGGAGGUGAAUUUCCUGUCUAUGAUAGUACGGGAAAGAAGCAGCUAUAUCGUAUGGAAUCAAAAAUUGGCAAAACGCACAAUGUUCAAGUAUUUGCUACUACAUCGAAGAAAGUUUUAGCGGAACUGGCAGCCAGAGUGGCAUCGGCCAUGUACAAAGGGAAUAUUGCUGUUUUGGAUACAAACUUGAAACAGUGGAAAAAUGGAACAAUUGAACACGGUAAUAAAUUUAGAGUUUUUUGGAACGGACAACGUAUAUCAAUGGAAGGUAAAGGUAAUUCAUUGGACACAACAUUUCGUGAUGAAUCGAACUCUAAUAUAUUGGCUCAAUUUAAAAAAAGAGGAGAUAAUACUAACGAUUAUGAACGUUAUGUUCGUAUAAAUGGUCUUGCACGAGCGGCUAUAUCAUACGAUAAAGACUAUGAGAAAGGGAAAAUGUAUGCUGAUGAAUUGCUUGCAUUUAAACCUCAAGAUACCGGUUAUAAUAGUGCCGUAUUUAAAGGAAAUAUUUUCAAUGGUCUUGUCGCAUUUAGAAGAGAUAAAGAUGUAGCAACUGCAAAGAGGUUUUUAUUAGCCGCUGGUAAAAUAGCUGCAGAUCUUGGAGGAUCUCCAACUCUGAACUCGUUUGGUCCAAACAUGAGUCUUGCUAAAGAUUUAUUGGAAGUACGUGAACAAGAAACGGUGCUCAAAUAUUUUAAUUAUUGUCGAAAAUUUUGGAAAAAAAAUAUAUUAGAUGAAUGGACAAGUGUAGUAAAAAAUGGAGGCAUUCCAGAUUUUGGUGCUAAUUUGGACUAUUAG